AUGGAGAACACGGAACCCAUAAACCAAACAGCUGUCUCAGAUUUCCUUCUGCUGGGAUUGACAGAUGAUCCAGAGGUGCAGUCCUUCAUUUUCCGCCUGUUCCUGUUGAUGUACCUGACCAACAUCCUGGGAAACCUGCUCAUCAUCCUCACUGUCACCUUUGACUCCCACCUCCACACUCCCAUGUACUUCUUCCUCUCCAACCUGUCCUUCACUGACAUCUGUAUAAGUUCCACCACAAUCCCUAAGAUGCUGGUGAACAUCCAAACAAAAAGUCAGAGUAUCUCUUACACAAGCUGCUUCACCCAGAUUACUCUUGUUGUAAUUUUUGCAUACCUGGAAAAUUUCCUCCUUGCAGUGAUGGCCUAUGACCGCUAUGUGGCCAUUUGUCAUCCCCUGAGGUACAUGGACAUCAUGAGUCCCCGCCUCUGUGGCCUGCUUGUUCUGCUUUCCUUGUUGUUUAGCAUUGGGGAUGGCCAGAUCCAUACUCUGAGGGCACUGCAGCUGUCCUUCUGCACAGACCUGGAAAUCCCCCACUUUUUCUGUGAACUUGCUCAGGUCAUCAAGAUCGCCUGUUCUGAUACUGUCAUUGAUAACAUCCUGAUCUAUGUUUCAAUUUGCAUAGUUGGUGGUAUUACUCUUGGUGGAAUCAUUUUCUCUUAUAUCCGCAUCGUGUCCUCUGUUUUAGGAAUGCCAUCACGAGGAGCAAAGUAUAAAGCCUUUUCCACAUGUGGGUCUCACCUGUCUGUUGUGUCCUUGUUCUAUGGGACAGUAUGUGGGGUGUACAUCAGUGCUGCAGUUACUGAUUCAAGCAGGAAAACUGCAGUGGCUUCAGUGAUGUAUUCUGUAGUUCCUCAAAUGCUGAACCCCUUUAUCUACAGCCUGAGGAACAGAGAAAUAAAGGUAUCCCUGAGAAAACUCAUUGGUAGAAUGCUUUCUUUUCUGUGUUGUUUCAUAGGCUUUAGACCUACAGGGGCAAAGGAUUUCUCAAUGACGGAAUUCUUCAUGAAAUAG